CCGAUGAAGUGAGUCCUAUUAUUAUCCCUAGUUCACAGAUGGAGAAACUGAGGGACAAACUAGUUAUUAUUUUAGUACAGGAAGCAUUUUUAGAGAGGCUGGUGAAGCAUGUCUUUAGCAGAUAAGAGACUUGAGAACUUGCAGAUCUACAAAGUUCUUCAGUGUGUUCGGAACAAAGACAAGAAACAGAUAGAAAAGCUGACCAAACUUGGAUACCCUCAACUGAUCAAUUUCACAGAACCUGUUGAUGGACUCAGUGCACUGCACUUAGCCUCAGUUUCCAAUGACAUUGAUAUGGUCAGCUUUCUCCUUGAACUUGGGGCUCACCCUGAUGUGCAAGACCGAAAUGGCUCUACUCCAACAAUGAAGGCUGCAGAACUGGGCCAUGAACUGUCAAUGGAAAUACUAGCCAAGGCAAAGGCUGAUAUGACUAUAGUUGAUAAUGAAGGAAAAGGUGUUUUGUUUUACUGCAUUUUACCUACGAAGCGGCAUUAUCGUUGUGCUCUGAUUGCCCUCGAACAUGGUGCAGAUGUCAACAAUAUUAACUAUGAAGGAAAACCAGUAUUCCUUAGAGCUUGUGAAGAAGCACAUGAUAUUAAAGACUUGUGCCUGACAUUUUUGGAAAAAGGAGCCAAUCCCAAUUCUAUCAACUCAUCCACAGGUCGUACGGCUUUAAUGGAAUCAUCAAGAGARGGGGUGCUGGAACUAGUUCGGGGAAUGCUGGAAAGAGGAGCCGAAGUGAAUGUAUUUGACAAUGACAGACAUGAUGCUGCUCAUUUUGCUGCCAAAGGAGGCUUUUUUGAUAUAUUGAAGCUUCUUUUUGCCUACAAUGGAAAUAUGGGGUUGAUUGCAAUGAAUGGGAACACGCCACUUCACUAUGCUGCCAUGGGUGGUUUUGCAGAUUGCUGUAAAUAUAUCGCUCAACGAGGAUGUGAACUGAAAUGGAAGAAUUUAGAUCACAAAACUCCAAGGGCUGUGGCCAGAGAAGGAGGCUUCAAAGCAGCAAGCAAAGAAAUACGACGAGCUGAGCGAAUUGCUAAAAAACUGGAAAAACCUGGAGUCAAAAACCCCAAUCCAAUGUGGGCCCUCAGAUUACAUGAUUGGUCCAUAGAACACGAGGCCCUCCUUCGGGAAGGCUUUUCCUUUUUAGACAGAGGAAACGGGACAGUGUCCAAGGAAGACUUUGUGCUGAUCCUGGAGGAUAAGCAAGAGUAUGCAACCUCUGAACAGCUGGCCAUCAUAGCUCAACUUCAUGAAAAGACCAGGGAUGGUGGAGUCAACAUAAAUGAUUUCUUUAAAGGAACCAGAUACUUAAGCAAGUCUUUUGUCUUGGGAUCUUAUGGGCCAAAGAAAAAGAAAAGAGGAAUGGGCAAAAAGGGUCGGAAAGGCAAAUUUGUUUUACCCCUCCCAAUCUGCGUCAUUCCUGAGAGUGUAUUUCCAUUCAGGCCAGAUGGUGGGCCUCCAUAUUACAUGAUUGAAACCUACCAGAAUGUAACUGAUUGCAGCCGGUUUAAUCAAGAUCACCCACCCGARCAUCCCAUUCAGGAUGAUUCUUCUUGGUACAUUGAUGAUCCAGGGAAAGUAUUUUCAAAUAUUAAUUUUGUCACCAAGGCCGGGGACCUGGCAUCUCUGAAAAAGGCUUUUGAAGCAGGAAUACCUGUGGAUAUGAAGGAUAAUUAUUACAAAACACCACUAAUGACAGCGUGUGCCAGUGGAAACAUAGAUGUUGUCAAGUUUCUUCUUGAAAAAGGGGCAAACGUUAAUGCAACAGAUAAUUUUCUGUGGACUCCACUUCAUUUUGCAUGCCAUGCAGGGCAGCAAGACAUUGCUGAGCUGCUUGUUAAGUCUGGAGCUACCCUAGAUGCACUUUCAAUCAACAACUCAACUCCCUUAAGUCGAGCCAUUGAAAGCUGCAGACUGGAUACUGUAAAAUACCUACUUGAUAUUGGUGCUAAAUUCCAGCUGGAAAAUAGAAAAGGGCAUAGUGCCAUGGAUGUUGCAAAGGCAUAUGCCGAUUAUAGAAUAAUUGAUUUGAUUAAAGAAAAGAUAGAUAACUUGCCUAAAACAGCAGAAAACCAAAAAAUGAAAAGCAAGACACCUCCUAAAUUGAAAACUGAAGGCCCUGAGAUUAAGAAAGAGGAGGAACCACUUUCAUCCAUUUAUGGUAUGCCCGUCAUAUCGGAGGAAAAGAAAAUACAAAGGGAUAAUGUGGUUUAUCUCAAUUCAUUGAUUACCAGGGGCUAUACCAAGAAAGUKGAUAUCACAUAUGUUCCACAAAGGAUUUGGAGUCCUGAAGCCACAACAGCUGAGCUGAUCAGGAAAAGGGAGCUGCGGCGGGAGAGGUUUACUUAUGAGGUGGACUUUGAGGAUUUCAUGAUGCCUUUUCAGAAGAAUAUCACUGAAAAAGCCCAAGCGUUGGAAGCUGCUCUCAAGAUCUGAAUCACAGCAGUUUCUUCAUAGGGUAAAUUCUCUGAGGUACAGGGAUGGAACUUUGGAGAAAGUCAAUGCUUCUAUCAAAGUCAAAAUCCCCCAAUUAAGCAUUCAUUACCAAAUAUUUGKUUUUUUUUUAUUUAACAUCCAUAAAUGUUCUGAG